CCUUGGGAGAUAGCAGUUAGGUAGAGGAGGAAGGGGAAGAGUAGGAAGAGGAUGAAAAUGGGGUAUAAAAGUUGUUAACAUCUAUCAGGGGACAUCUGCAGCUUCACUUGGAUCAGCAGGAGCCUACUGGGGAGAUGGUUAGAAGUACCUGAGACCAAUUAAAGAUGUGCCAGUCUGUAGCAGGGCGUGAGGUCUGUGUUGGCACAUAGAGCCGCUGGAGAGUGGAUGUCUUCCCAGCCCUUCUCUCCAAGCUCAAAUAAGCACCAGACUUGAGACACCCCUCCCUUCUCCCUAACCUACUUGCCCUUGGUCCCCAAGAACUGCUGCGGGCAAGUUGAGACUGACCGAUGCGCCUGGGGCACCACGCCUUCUCUUUUCUUCCUGGAAGCCACCUUUUGAACCGAGGAAGAAGCAGACACCUGACCAAGAAAGGAUGCCCACCAAGGGGAAAUACUUUCUCAAUGAGGACGAGGAGUGGAAGAGCAAAGGUUCUCGCUAUGAGCAGUUCCACCGCAUGAGCCAACACUACCCUCUCCUGCUCAUCUUCCUGUCAGUUGCCAUCAUUUUCUCAGUCAUCCUCAUCAUCCUUGCCUUCAUCCAUGAGAAUCGCAAUGAACACCUACCCUUCCUGGUGACCGCGUUCACGAUUCUUAUCCUGUUUGCAAUCAUUUAUGCGCUGGUGUACAUCGAGUGCCUCUUUCAGAAAUGGCUCAAAUUCUUUGCUGUGAUCAUCUGGAUUUGCUUCUUGACCCUGGGUUUCGUCUUAAUCUUCGACCGGAAGGAUGUUGAAACUCAUAUGUGGGAGCAGGUACCCUUCUUUCUGUUCAUCAUCUUCACGGUGUAUACCAUGUUGCCUUUUGAGAUGAAGGAGGCCAUUGUGGUGAAUAUCCUGUCUACACUGUCUCACCUGUUAGUACUAGGUGUCCGGACUGAAGUGUUCACAUCAGCAUAUGGCUUGCCAGUGGUGUUCCAGUUCCUGGCAAACACUACUAUCUUCCUUUGUGGGAACUUGAUGGGUGCCUUUCACAAGUCCCAGAUGCAAGAUGCAUCCCAAGACCUCUACAUCUACACUCUUAAGUACAUCCAGAUCCGAAGGAAACUGAAGAUCAAGAAGCGUCAGCAGGAGAACCUGCUGCUCUCAGUAUUACCUGCUCACAUCUCCAUGGGAAUGAAGUUGGCCAUCAUCGAGCGGCUCAAGGAGAACAAUGACACACGAAGCAUGCCUGACAACAACUUCCAUAGUCUCUAUGUCAAGCGGCACCAGAAUGUGAGCAUCCUGUAUGCAGACAUCGUGGGCUUUACCCGUCUGGCCAGUGACUGUUCUCCUAAGGAGCUUGUGGUGAUGCUGAAUGAGCUCUUUGGGAAGUUCGACCAGAUAGCCAAGGAAAAUGAGUGUAUGAGGAUCAAGAUUUUGGGGGACUGCUAUUAUUGUGUUUCUGGCUUGCCAGUGUCCUUGCCAACUCAUGCCAGGAACUGUGUGAAGAUGGGACUCGAUAUGUGUGAAGCCAUCAAGCAAGUGAGGGAAGCCACAGGUGUAGACAUCAACAUGAGAGUGGGCAUUCACUCUGGAAAUGUGCUCUGUGGGGUCAUUGGCCUUCGAAAGUGGCAGUAUGAUGUAUGGUCCCAUGAUGUUUCCUUGGCCAACCGGAUGGAGUCAGCUGGGGUCCCUGGCCGGGUGCAUAUCACUGAAGCCACGUUAAACCAUCUGGACAAAGCAUAUGAAGUGGAGGAGGGGAAUGGACAGCAGAGAGACCCCUACCUGAAGGAGAUGAACAUUCAGACCUACCUGGUCAUAGACCCUCGGUCCCGGCAACAGCAACCCCCCAGCCAGCACCUCCCGAAGCCAAGAGCCAACGAUGCCCUGAAAAUGAGAGCCUCUGUCCGAAUGACCCGAUACCUGGAGUCCUGGGGAGCGGCCCGGCCCUUUGCAUCUCUCAAUCACAGGGAGAGUCUAAGCACUGACAUCCUCAUCCCCAGAGUGAAGCGAACAAAGGCAAUCCCCUUACGGCGUCACAGGGAUGCGGACAGAAGUACGUCUCCAAGGGGGAAGGCUGAGGAGGACACCUAUGACGAAGAGCUCAUGUUGGCCAUUGAAGGGCUCAGCUUGGCCAGACCUUGCUGCUGUGGUAAUUCUGAGGACUUCUACACCAUUGGGACGUUCUUUGUGGAGAAGAACUUUGAGAAGGAGUACCGAACUAUGCCCAUCCCCAGGGUCCGUAAUUACUUUGCCUGUGCUGGCUUUGUCUUCUUCUGUCUCUUGCUCAUCCACGCCUUAGUGAUACCCAAGACUGCAAAAAUGGGGCUCUCCUUUGGAAUUACAGCCUGUGUGAUGCUGCUGGCCUUGGGGGCGUGUUUUGCUGAUGAUUUCCUGAGGUGCUGCCCAGAGCGGUCGUUCCUGCGUGCCCUCAGGACCGUCUCUGAGAAGGUGGAGACGGAGCCGCUGUUGAGACUGUCCUUGGCUAUCCUGACCAUUGGCGGCCUGCUGACUGUGGCCAUUGUGAAUCUGUUGGUGACGCUGCCUGAGGAGCUUUGUGUGAACUUCACUGAGCCGAGCCGGGGGAACAGCAUCAGUAGCCAGUGUCCUGCCCUUCUGUACUAUGCCUACAGUUGUAUCCUGGCCUUCAUCGCGUGCUCCAUGUUCCUCCGGAUGAGCCUGGAGCUGAAGGUGGUGAUGCUGACUGCCUCCGUCAUCACCUAUCUCAUCAUCUUCAACACGGACUCAUUUCUGGAUUGGAGCCAACUCCCAGGCACAGAUCAGGCCGGCCUCAGUAACCUCACUGGGAGCAACAGGUCACACUCACCCCUAAACUUCUCCAGUGGUUCAACUUCACGAUUCAUGGAAGAUCCGAAAAUAAUGAUCAAUUUUUACCUGAUCCUGUUUUAUUUUACACUUAUCCUGCUGUCAAAACAGAUUGAUUAUUACUACCGCCUGGACUACCUGUGGAAGAACAAAUUUAAGAAGGAACAGGAAGAAUUUGAAACCAUGAAGAAUGUGAAUCAUCUGCUGCUGGAGAACGUCCUCCCUACCCACGUGGCCGAGCACUUCAUUGGGGACAAGCUCACCGAGGACUGGUACCAUCAAUCUUACGACUGCGUUUGCGUCAUGUUUGCAUCUGUGCCUGAUUUCAAAGUGUUCUACACCGAGUGUGACGUCAACAAAGAGGGGCUGGAGUGCUUGAGGCUCCUGAAUGAGAUCAUCGCCGACUUUGAUGAGCUCCUGCUAAAGCCAAAAUUCAGUGGGGUGGAGAAGAUCAAGACUAUUGGUAGCACUUACAUGGCAGCUGCCGGGCUCAGCCUCACUCCUGGGCAGGAGAAUAACCAGGAUCAGGAGCGCCAGCAUGCCCACAUAGGCAUCAUGGUGGAGUACAGCAUUGCUCUGAUGAAUAAGCUGGAUGGCAUCAACAGACACUCCUUCAACACCUUUCGCCUCCGGGUUGGCAUCAACCAUGGGCCUGUCAUAGCUGGGGUGAUUGGUGCACGCAAACCUCAGUAUGACAUCUGGGGAAACACCGUCAACGUUGCCAGCCGAAUGGAGAGUACUGGAGAACUCGGAAAAAUCCAGGUUACUGAGGAGACCUGUACCAUCCUCCAAAAGCUGGGCUAUUCUUGUGAAUGCCGGGGACUGAUCAAUGUCAAAGGCAAAGGAGAGCUAAGAACUUACUUUGUCUGUACUGAUACCACCAAGUUCCAAGGGAUGGGGCUGAACUGAGGAAUUUCACUGGAUUGUGAGGUUUAAUUAUUUUGUCCUUCUUAUGCAAGCAAAGGAGAGGAUUGAUGGGCCCAGCACUUCAAACUUUCUGGACAGGCAGAAGAAGCUACUCUCCUUGGCUUGGAAUUGCUUUAAAGAAUCCGCCAUCUCUUGGACACGAGACUCUGCUUUUGGCCUAAAACAACUAAAGUACUGAGACUUUUAGAAAACACUCCUAAAGAGUUAGGCAUCACGGGGCCAACGGUGUGGGAGAUACUGAGCUCUGGAACAGUCUUGCUGCAGAUCUUGUAGAGCUGUUCCUGGGACAGAAGGCAGCAGUUUGGAUUCUAACUGUACCUGCAAGUUGUUGCACCAUAGAGUGCCAUCUAGUGACUUCAUAGCAACAAAAAGACACUUUGACAUAGUCAGUUCCUAUAUCUAAUGUUGCUUUAAAAUGAAUUUUCUGUCGGACUUUGGAUGGGCCCCUGACUCUGCUCUGAUUACCUACUGGAGGAAUCACUCCUGUGAAGGGACUAUGGGAAUGAACAUCAGUUGACUUUCUUAGUAAGUUAACAACAGAGCCAAGCCUCGAUGGUUUGAGAUCCCUAUUAGUUCUGUACAUCCCAGAUAAAAUGUUUGUUCAGUAGGGAAAAAAACAAAAACAAACCCAAACCAAAAACCCUAAAGGCAUUUUUUUUUCAUUUCUGCAUUUCAAAUAAUGGAUUGUAAGGGUUUAAAAGGAAACAAUACUGCAGAUAAUUACUAACUGUUCCUACUUGCUGUUCUUCUGUUUCCCCUUGUUCCCAUGGGUUUGUUCUAAAUGGAUGCAUUAUUAUUAAUGGGACAUCUUAAAAGGACUUCUCAGUGCUGGAAAAAUUAACCUUUAAGUCUGUCAUCUGUCU